GCGUUUGAUUUAGAUGUAAACAGUUCGGACUCAAUCAAAUCCACUGCAAAAUCUCUUGCGAGCGGUAUCGUUGCAGCCUACAACAGUCAGCCUAAAGGCUCCGCAAUUGGCAUUUUCGAUGAUCUGUACUACUGGUGGGAAGCCGGCGCUGUCUGGGGCGGGAUGAUCGAAUACUCCCAUCUCACCGGAGAUUCGCAGUACAAUGCGCUCGUAUCCACGGCGCUGUGGUCCCAAAUUGGCGACGAAGAACUCCGCGCAUAUAUGCCCCCGAACCAAACCAAAACGCUCGGCAACGACGACCAAAGUACCUGGGGCCUCGCGGCUUUGACCGCUGCCGAAGUCGGAUUCCAGAAACCGGAACAGGGCGAAUGGGUAGAUCUUGCGAAAAACGUUUUUGAUACCCAGGCCGUGCGCUGGGAUGAGAAGACUUGUGGUGGAGGCUUGCGGUGGCAGAUCUUCACCUUUAACAACGGGUAUAACUACAAGAAUAGUUUCAGCACGGGCAAUCUCUUCUUACUUUCUGCCCGGCUAGCACAGCUCACGGGGAAUAAAACGUAUUCUGAAUGGGCAGAUAAAUCGUUCAAGUGGAUGCAAGAUGUCGGCUUGAUAUCCGAUACAUAUCACGUUUUCGAUGGCACCGACUCUGCAACCAAUUGCUCGCAGAUUAACCAUAUUCAGUGGACAUAUGCACAUGGCGUCUGCACCGAAGGUGCUGCAGUCAUGUACAACCUAACGAACGGCGACGCCAAAUGGAAAGACGCCGUAACCGGAUUCGUGAAUGCAAGCACAGUCUUCCUGAACAAAGACACCUCUGUUCUUACUGAGGUGGCGUGUGAAACUAGCAGGAAAUGUGACAUUGACCAAAAGGCAUUCAAAGGCAUCGCUGUUCGCUCAUUCGCCCGCGCUGCACUCUCUGCGCCAUUCGCAUCAAAUUCACUCCGGAAAAUGCUCGAGACUUCCGCAAAGGGUGCGGCGAAAAGCUGUGGAGGUGGUGAUACAGAUGUCAAGUGUGAUCUCAAGUGGUAUGGAGAGGAUAGUAAUAUGACUAGUGUGAAGGACGGCGGGCUUGGAGAGGUGUUCGGCGCUUUAGAAGUUGUGCAGGCGCUGUUGUAUCCUCAGGCGGAGGCUGGGGCCAAGGGAAACUCAACAAAUCCCGCGGUUUCUGCAAGUGGAAGUCCGUCUGCAACGGGAGGG